AAGUCGCACAUAAACUGCUUGUGCAUUAAGUGUUGUGUAACGUGUGUGAAAGGUUGUCAUAGUGCCUAAAAUUGAAACCGUCCAGUAGAAAUCUUAACAAACGGAUUUUAUUGUCAAAAUGGCCAACGAUCACGACAGAAAAGUUCAAGAACGCGAAAAGUUAAAGAAUAUUAUCAACCAGUGGAAUGCUAACCGAUUGGAUAUAUUUUGGUUAUCCGAACCCAAUGAGGAUUUAGAGUUCCAUGGUGCCAUGAGAUUUUAUUUUCAAGAUGCAGGUCAGAAAGUUGCAACAAAAUGUAUAAGAGUUGCUAGCACAGCCACCACAACUGAUGUUAUCCAGACAUUGAUUGAAAAAUUCCGUCCUGAUAUACGCAUGCUUUCAAUUCCUGAAUAUGCCUUGUAUGAAAUUCAUGAAAAUGGGGAAGAAAGGAAACUUCGAGCAGAUGAAAGGCCUUUACUAGUGCAACUUGACUGGCACAAAGAUGAUAGGGAAGGGCGUUUUCUACUGCGGCGCAUGGAUGAAAAGUCUUAUAUAUCUAGUAUGGAUGCUUGUGAUACUGAAAACUUUAGACGAAAGCUUUCUAAACGAGAAAAAAAGGAAAAGAAAAAACGAGAAAAAAAGGAGAGAUUGAAAGCUGCUGAAGAGAGCAAGAAAGAUGGGAUAGCACAACAUUUAUAUUCAGAACUUCCAGAAACCAGUUUUACUAGAUCUAUAUCUAAUCCUGAAGCUGUGAUGAGAAGGAGACGGCAGCAGCAGCUUGAGAAAAAAUUACAGCAGUUUUGUCAAGAAGGUGGUACAGAAGCAGGUGGAACUCUCAGAAUUUUUGGAGAAUCACUUAAUAAAGAUGUACCAUAUAAAACACUUUUGUUAUCUACAAAAGAUACUGCUUCCUAUGUUGUAAAAGAGAUACUAGAUAAGUAUGGUUAUAGCAAGGAAGAUCCAGUUCAGUACUGCUUGGUACAGGUGAUUAUUCCUCAUCACAAUCAAGCAGAUGGUUCCGAUUUUCAGAGUACUGGUGGUAUACGUGAAUACAUAUUAGAUGACGAUGACUGUCCUUUGAUGAUCCAGCAUCAACAUAAUCGAAAUAGAGGUACUUUAACAUUUCAUGUAAGAAGGCGGCCUGCUGACUACCAGCCUCGUAAACGGAAAAAAAAGCCAAAGCCGACAAAAGGGGAAAUAGAUCAUAAUUACCGCCCUGAAGAUUCUUCGGAGAAAUUGCCCUAUCUACUAGAGUUAAAUCCAGAUGGAAGUGAAACUCAUGGGCCACCUAAGAAACAUAGAUUAUAUCUUAACAUGACUGAAGUUGGCAGUGAAAGAAGCAGUUCCACUGGUGGACAGUAUUUGCAGCUUUAUGGUCCAAAUGUACAGCCUCGCCAUUGUGUUAUAGCACAUACAGAUCGAAUUGUAACUGUUACACCUAGCAGCAGAGAUGCUGAAACAUAUGUUAACAAUAUGAGGAUUUAUGAAACCACUUUGUUACAGAAUGGAAUGGUUGUCUGUUUUGGAAAAUUUCACACAUUUAGAUUUGUUGAUCCUUUACAUGAUCAGAAACUUAACAUGAUGCCUGAUCCUCGACAGCAUCCGGAAUUCAUUGAAAGAAGUCGGCGAGAUGAUCAAUUAUCCCUUCAUCAUCAUGGCAGUUAUGAAACUACGUUUGAUGCUGAUGGUAAUGUUGAAACUAUUUCUACACAUUCCAGAGAUGAUCGUCUGUCAAAAAAGUCAGAUGAUGCCCUUUCCCAUAGAUCGUUAGGAAGAGAAAGCACACGAGGCCAAGGCAGCUAUGAAAGGUUUGAACAGAAGCGGGGCAAUGACCCAAUUCUCCCAGCUGUCUUGGAAUUUUGGGAAGAAGGGGAGGAUGCUUUCUUAGCUGCUGCCAUUACUCAGUUGGAUUCUAGUCAAGUGCAAUUUAAACUUUCUCCAACUUAUGCUCUUUAUAUGGCAGCUAGGUAUCGUGCCUCCACUCAUUUUAGGCCUGAAACAACACCAACAGAUAGGGCACAUAGAUUGACAGCUUUAAUGAACAAUGUUGCAGCUGUCAUGCAUCAAGUCAUUCAGGAUUCUUAUCGGGAUUCAUCAGCUCUAGUAUUUUGGCUUGUUAACACUUCAGAGUUACUACAUUUUUUGAAGCAAGAUCGUCACCUGAGUGCUUAUACUCUAGAUGCUCAAGACCUACUAGCAGAAAGUGUGCAAUUAGCGUAUCGCAGUUUAAUAACGUGCCAGCAGGUGGAGCUUCAGAAUGCCAUGCCAGCUACUUUAGAAGACAGGGAUGAUGUUAAUGAAGAGGAAGGCACAACUGCUGAUGUUUUAGCUAUUCUAGCUAAUGUGAUGGCUUUGUUGAGGAGAUGUCGAGUUAAUGCAGCUAUAACAAUACAGAUGUUUUCACAGUUGUUCCAUUUUAUUAACAUGUGGCUUUUCAAUAAAGUUGUGUGCGAGACCCGACCUAAUCUUUGUACAAGAGUUUGGGGUAUCCGAUUAAAACGGAGACUGGCCCGAGUAGAAGCAUGGGCUGAGAAGCAGGGGCUUGAAUUGGCAGCUGAUUGUCAUUUAAGCCGCAUUGUGCAGGCUGCUCAUUUGCUUCAAGCUCCAAAAAGUACUUCUGAAGAUUUAGCUUCCAUCAGUUCACUUUGUUUUAAAUUGAAUUCAUUGCAGUUAAGAACCCUAUUAGAACGAUAUCAACCCGCAGAAGAUGAACCUCGGAUACCUCGAGAAUUUAUUGAUAGUGUUGUGAAGGUGGCUGAGAAUAUGGCUGAUGAAUUAACAAGGAGUGAAGGACGUGAAGUGAAAUUAGAAGAAGAUUCUGAUUUACAGUUGCCUUUCUUAUUGCCUGAAGAUGGAUAUUCUUGUGAUGCUGUGCGUGGUGUCCCUGCAGGGUUGCAAGAGUUUUUGCAGCCACUUAUUCAGGCUGGUCUUUGUAGGCUUACAAUUCAACCAACGUCCUCAGGAUAUUGGACAAUUUAUAUGUCGGACCAAGAUAUCGGCAGGGUGCCUUCUGGAGCACGAAGUCCAAGUGUUCAUAGCCAUGCUGAAGAUGGUGGUAGUAAUAACUGGAAACAACAUGAGCCUGAAGUGGUUACUAUUCGUCUUCAGAAAAGUAAUAAUGGAAUUGGUUUAAGCAUAGUUGCUGCGGGGGGCUCAGAUCAAGAUAAGCUUGGAAUAUAUGUAAAAUCUGUUGUGAAAGGAGGAGCAGCUGAUUUAGAUGGGAGACUGCAAGCUGGCGAUCAACUUCUUAAAGUAGAUGGUCAUUCUUUAGUGGGAGUGAAUCAAGAGAAGGCUGCAGAACUUAUGACUCAUACUGGGCCUGUAGUAACUCUAGAAGUUGCAAAACAAGGAGCAGUUUACAAUGGAUUAUCAGAUAUUUUAAGCAAGCCAUCUCCUAUCAUCCAGAGGGGACCUCGUCGAAUGAGUGAAAGAGAUAUUCCUUCAAGAUUAAUGAAUGAAAAUGGACAGGAUAGUAGAUUACCUGCUGUUCCAGGCCAUUUAAUGCCUCCUCGAAUGCAGGGCAGCAAGAGUGUACCAUCACUGAAUAGUAACCAUGAAGCUGACCACAUGAGAAUGCAAACUAAUGGCAGCAUUCAUUCUCAUGAGAUGUACAAUCCGGCAUAUAGCCGUACAUCGAGUACUGCUUCUAUACCUAAAGCAACAGAAUAUUCUGAUCAUAACUCUCGUUCUAAAUCAGCACAUAAUCUUAGACAAGAUAUACCUGCUGAUCCAAGACUUCCAUAUGGAAAUCCUGUGGAUGAUCAAAAUCCACCACCUUAUCCAGGACCUCCAAAUAAUAUCAAUAGUCGACCUGUUGCACAUCCAAGCAUGCACCAAAAUCAACCACCAGUGCACCAUUCUCCUCAUGUGCAGUCAAUUCCUGCAUCCAUUGUGCAAGAAGAGAGGCAUUAUCAAAACAUAAGUAUGUACCAACAGCAGCCUUCGCAACAGCCAAAUCCCUACACUCUGCAUGCCAGGUCACCAUCUCAGCCUCAGCCUCAUCCUCAGCAGCCACCGAGGUCAUUACAUGGAUCUCAAUCAUCGCUUAAUAGACCUGAUCCUCAGGGAUUGCAGUCAGCUGCAGAUCGCUCAAGACCCUUAUCAACAUUAGUAUCAUCUCGAGAACAAGAACAAUAUGCAAGUUCUAUGGGUUAUGUUCAUUCCAAUUCUGGGCCACCAAUGUCUCCUAAAGCAUUGCAUCACAAUUCAGUAGAUUCUCACCAUACUACUCAAGGUUAUGCGCCUUCACGGCCAUUACCUGAUCAAAGGGACUUCCGCAGUGCAGACCAUUUGCGACCAGUAGAAAAUGAAAUAAGGGCAUAUUCUGAUAGCAUGUCACAUCCUGAGUUGAAUUCAAGAGCAUAUCCUGUGCAUCCUUCACAAGAUUAUAACAUGAUGCAUAUGGAUCCUCGACAGAGAGAUCUGUUACGCCAAGAAGCUAAAAUGGAAGAAAUGCGAGAAGAAGUGCGCAGGCGUGAAGAUCGAGAAAGAAUGCUUUUGCAGCAACAGCAUCACCAAAUGGGUCGAGGAACUAAUUGGUCAUUACCAAGAGGUCCCAAUCCAGCCAUUAGAUCUCCUAAUUAUCAACAUGGUCCUCAACAAUCUGCGCAUAUACAUGCACCAUAUUCAGGACCUCCACCUCCACCUGCACCGAAACCUCGUGCACAGUUAUAUAACAAUGCACCAAUGGAUAGAUUUCCAAGACCUGGAUAUGUGAAUCAUGAAAAUCCAGCUGUAUAUCAUGAUGGAAGUAAUAGUCAUGUUCCUCAGUCAGGUCCAAGAAUGCCUCAUCAACCUCCUGUGAAUGUCAGCUAUCGAUAUGGGCCAUCUGGAUAUCCACCUCGUACUGAAGACGGUACAGAUCAGAAGAUUAAUCGUCAAAUGGUAACUGAUCCAAGAAUAACUUCACCUCAUGGAAAGCCUUCAACUAUGAGCCAAAGUUCACGUGUAACAUUUGAACUUCCACAGCAGGCUGGUCAUGAAAAGAAAGAAACAUCAAAACUUAUGAGUCCUUCUCCAUGGGAACGAGAAGAAAAGGAAAAAAUUGCCAAUGGUAUAUCUGACACCUUUUAUUAUACUACUCAUACUCUUUUGCAUAAACAACGACUUGAAGAGGCAAGACGAGCUCGUGAUGAAGAAAUCCGUGAAUUAGAGAGUCGUUCACAUCUCACUCCCCAGCAAGAGGAUCGUUUAAGGACUUUAAGAUUAGAGCAAGAAUUUCAAAGAAGAGCUGAAGAACUCCAUGGGGAGGAAGAGGAAGAUGAUGAUGAAGAUUUGUUGGAUAGAGCUGAAAACCGUGAACGCAAGUUAAAAAUGCAGGAAGAUUUGGAGCGAGCUCGACAGCGUCGCUUAGAAUGGGAGAUGCAGCAAAAUCAAACUCAACAGAAGUUACAACAACAAUCAAACCACAAUGAUGAUUGGAAGAGGCAGCAGCAGUCAUUAGAGGAGCAAGAAGGUCGUUUGCGUCAGUUGCGAUUAGAGGAAGUUCAACGAAAACGAGAAUUAGAAGCUGCAAAGAAUGUAGAAGAAAGAUUGCUCAGAGAAGCAAGACGACGUCAGGAUGAAUUUAAGGUACCCAAUAGUGUCCCUCAUCAGAUACCAAAUCGUCCCAGCCAACCACCUAUGAACCACCAGAUAAUGGUAAACAACCAACAACAUUCAGCAGUUAAUCAUCAGCAAUCCACAGUAAAUUUUACUACGGAAAAAAUUAAUCGAGUUGAAAUCUCAAAUCAAGAUGUUCCUCCUCCCUUACCUACAUCACCUCCUCCAUGUGAACCUUGUUAUCAGACUGUCAGUAGUCAGAAAUCAACAUCACUGCGUAAUCAGCGAUUAAAUCAAUCAUAUCAGAAUCAACAAAACUCAAUGUUGAAUCAUGAUAAAUUACAAGAACCUCCAGCACCUCCUGCUCGAAAGUCAUCUUACGAAGUCACAAAUCAAAUGUCUGCUAUGACUGGCAACCGUUAUGUUUCAUCUUCAAUGAGGAAUUGUGAUAAUGGUACUCCACAUUACCCCAAAAAAGUUUCAUUCCACGAAUCUUCUGUGGAGAAUGUUGACUGUGAUUCUAAUGGAAAUCAUGAUGUGAUGGGUUCUGGUGGGUCCUCAUACACAUUAGAUGACAUUAAUGAGGUUCUUGCAACCCCUCAUAAUAGUCAGAACCUUAAUACUUACAAUCCUGGUAACACUCCAGGCGUAAUAGGUACUCAGGAGGUUUAUCGGGAUCCUCGUCAGCGUAUUGAAGCUGAACGCACACAGCAGGUGGGUACUACAAAAAAUCCUGGCCCUGAAAAGUUAACGUUCAAAGAGAAAAUGAAAAUGUUUGCACAAGAAGUUGGAGAGCCAGAAACUCCAAAAGAUAAAGUAAAAAUAUCUCGGGCUCAAAGGGAUAUUGAAACUAAUUUAAAUGGAAACUGAGCAAUUAAGUAGGCAGUUAAUCUGCUAAUAAUGUAUUUAUGUAUUGAAAUUCUACUUAUUCAUGGGCAGCAUUUUGUGUGUCUUACCAUGAAAGGAAAAGAAUGAUGCUUAUGUAUAUCAUUUUUAAAAAUUUCUUUUACAGACAUUUUUAUGCCGCUAUACACUGGAUGUCCCAUUUUGAGUUUUUUUUAUACUUAGAAGUGUAAUCAAGGAAAACCUACUGGAGAGUUUUAUAUAAGAGAACAUAUAUAUUGUCAUGAUAGUAUAUAUUGCAUUUGUAAAGAAAGAUUUUUGAUAUUUUGUAUAGACUUCUAGUUUAAAAAUUUGUGUUGAAUAUCUGUAAUAUGUAUUUAGAUAACUUCAUAACAACCAUGUCACUGUGAAACCCAUGAACCAGUAUUAAUUACGUCUGAAUUAAAUACAUGAAACAACUUUAUAUCUAUAACAUGCUUCUAGCAAUGUGCACUUUUCUGUUUAUUCCAAUGAAAGUCAUGACCUUCUUAAUUUUCAGAAAAGAAACUUACGAUUUGUUCUAUUAAGUGGCUGAUUAUUAAAAUAUGAAUUUUUCUGUUAAUGUAUGAGUGUUUUUAAAAGUCAUUAUACAGCUUAAGUGAAAUAGUGCAGCUGACUGUUAUGUUGACAUUUAAUCAGGUUGAUUUUAUCAACAGAAGAAUUGCAUAGAAUUUUAGCAUGAUUCCAUGUUGUUAAUUUAUAUGAGCAUGAACUUUUAUAUUUUUAAUUUCUUUCCCUUCACCGAUGUCCCAGUGGCAAAUAUUUGUGUGCAAUCAGUAAAUUUAAAACUGUUUUACUGUAGGAGAUCCAUGUUUAUUAUUUUAUUUUAAGCUUUUGCUUAGGGACCAAGUGAAUGCAAUAAAGUAGAACUGUUUAAAUUGUUCACGAUGUUUUUAAACUUUUACACUUGCACCAGUUUAAGACUAAGUUAAAAAUGUGCAAAUUAUUUUCUGUAUUGUGUUAGUUGCUUAAUUUGUAAGUCUUCUAUGCUGAAAUAUUUUUAUAAUCUCUACUCUUAAUGGAAAAAGUAUGGAACUAUUCACUUUUAAUGAAUAAUUUGACAAGAGUUGAUACCUUAAAAUGUGCCUGUUAACAGUGAUAAAGCUUUAAAAUGCAAUAAUAAAAACUUUCAGCAUAUGUGUGUGCAUAGAAAGAAGGGUGGGAGAAAACUGUUUGAUUGCUAAAUUUAAGUUUUAUUAGCUUAAGAACGUGUUUUUUUUACACUUAAUUUAAAACCCAUUAUUUUAAAUUUUAAAAAUUCCAAAAUUAUAUUCUCACUGUUUUUUUUAUUAAGUAUUUAUAUCGGAUAUGUUUCUUUUAGUGUUCUGACUUUCUAAAGAAAGGUGAAAAAGACAAUGUUUUUCUCUAUAGCAAUAUGUAACAGUAAAUAACCAUAUUUUUUUCCUAAUAAUUCUUUUUCAAUACCAGAUUUAUAUGCUGUAAUUCAUCCAUUAAGGUAUAUAAAAUUUUAAACUUAUUUACGGUUAUAAAAUUAUGUUUAGAAACAUUUGUACAGUAUUUUGUAUAAAUCACUUUAAUUUUUGCAAUAUUUACAAAAAUUUUUGAUUUAACACAUUUCUAAAUGAAAAAUUGAGAUUUAGCGAGAUUUUAAAUGCAAAUGGUAACUUUUUUGUAAGUGUGUGUGUUGAGUGAAUAUUGAUUUGAAAGGAACAGAAGAUUUAGUCUAUAAUAAGUCCUGCAGAAUAUAGGAAUAAGAAAUAUAUUUAUUAGUUUAUUAUUUAAACCAUGUGUUAAAUUACACAUAUUGUAUAAAGUAAGUUUGAACUUUUGUGUUAUAUAAACAGUUUGUAAAAUUUUUUAUUUAAAAUUUUUGAA